UUUACGUCGUCGUCUUAACCGCGGAGUGUGUGUGAUUGGAAUAGUUUUAGUUAUAAAUUUAUGUCAUUGCAAGAUUUACGUUGUAAUUUUUGGACUACUUUCAUUGCACUGAAUCGGAGACAACUUAUAAAUUUUCGUGAGAAAGUUGAACGUUCACGAUAUUUCAAAGGUGAAUCGGGUAACAAAGAAGUUGUGCAAAAAGGGCGAUCCUGACGAAAAGAAUAGCAGGAGAAAAAAAACUUUCGAGAGCUCAGGUUGUGUCGUCUAGCCAUCAGCAAGUGCCCGUUAGUGCGCUACAGGAGCAAGUGAGAGCACCGAUCCGCUCCAUUCAUCGCCGAUUGAAACCAGUGAAAAUCGCCUGUGCGACACUAAACAGCGCUUACCUAUCAAGGAAAUACCUGCUGGGAACAAAACGAUGGCGAAAACGUACGAUUAUCUUUUCAAGCUUCUGCUGAUUGGUGAUUCCGGUGUCGGCAAAACGUGCAUUCUAUUUCGCUUCUCCGAGGAUGCAUUCAAUACGACCUUCAUCAGCACCAUCGGCAUUGACUUCAAAAUAAGAACUAUAGAACUGGAUGGUAAAAAAAUUAAAUUACAAAUAUGGGACACCGCCGGCCAGGAACGAUUCCGCACAAUCACGACCGCAUACUACCGCGGUGCAAUGGGUAUCAUGCUAGUAUACGAUAUCACACAGGAAAAGUCAUUUGAAAAUAUCAAAAACUGGAUCCGGAACAUUGAGGAGAAUGCAUCGGCGGACGUUGAGAAGAUGCUACUGGGGAACAAAUGCGAGCUGAACGAGAAGCGACAGGUGACUCGAGACCGAGGCGAGCAACUAGCGGUAGAGUAUGGUAUCAAAUUCAUGGAAACCUCCGCGAAGGCUAGUAUUAAUGUGGACGAAGCAUUUUUCACACUUGCCCGAGAUAUCAAGUGCAAAAUGGAAAAACGAUUGGAAGCGAACAAUCCACCUAAGGGAGGUCAUCAGCUGAAAGCGUCCGAGCAACCCCGGAAGGCACCGAGUUGGUUAUCCAAGUGCAAUCUGUUUUGACCUUGUAGUAGACCUAUUACCUAUUGUAACUUUUUUAUAUAACAUACUAAUUAUACAAUAACGACGACUAUGGUAAUAUACUUGUGUAGAACGGUCAAGAAAGUAAGGUUGGAAGUGGUAACAAAUUUUUGCAUAAAUAUGUGACCACCAGAAACAGAAGAGGCAGAUCACAAAAUGAAAUGCAUGGCACAGAAAAUUAAGCUAAAUUACUCAACCAUAUUUGUUUUGUUUUGCUUCCGUGAAAAGUGCAUGUUUAGAUUAUGGAAAGGGCCUGAACCCGAAAACUGGACCCUACCCAGCUCUCACGGCACUGCACUCUAGUGCGGUUAAGAAACGAGGUAAGGUUUUUAAUUUAUUUACAUGGUAAAAAUUAGACAUACUUAUGAUGUAAAGAAACAUAAUGAGUGAUAGCACGAAUAGUUGUGGAACGAAAAACCCAUUGAGGUCUAAAAGCAAGAAAAAAUCAACAAUAGGAAGUAAAUCAAUCUUUUUCAUCAUCAGUAUACCGUACCUAUACCAUACCGGAAACUCACUGAAUCUACUCAUACUGGAAUGUUUUUUACUAUUAUCAGGGUGAUGUGUAAAUUAGGCAUUCCAUUUCUGCGCCGCGGUGUAUGCUACAGACUGGUUUGCUUAACAGUCUUUAAAGCUUCUUGUCAUAUAAUUCACGUGUAACACAUCGGUUUCAUAAACAUUUUCGAGGUGCUAGUAAUUGGGAGUUCUGCUUCGACAGGUAACUAGCGUUAAACUCAUAGAUAUUUGCGGCUCUAAUUUGUCUAAGCCUAAGCUGCUUUGUAGAGCUUCUCUCCACUAUUCGACGAUCGGUGCGCAUGUGACAGGUAAACACAUUUCAGUUAUUCAAAAACUCUUGUAAACCUUUAAAAAAUAUCAGAACACGUUUUGUUUGUUUAUAAGCUAUUCAUUAUUGGAAUGAUAACACUCAAUACUACAGAGACAGAGAAAGAAAAAAAAACAAUCGAGACAUGGAUACAUUCUACAUCAUUGUAUAUGAGAUGAAUAACGGAAUGAAACGGAAAAAAUAAACUCGUUAACGACAAAGUGUCAAAUACAAUUGUGUACGAAGAAAAGAAAAAACCGACCGGUCAAGCAAGUUUAAUUUUCAAAAUAAUGACUACAAACAACUGUCAACUUGAAUUA